CACAAACACCCAUCGAUCACUCCUUCCCUUGCAUUGCUGUCUCUUUCUCUAUUCUAACCUCAAUUCUACAAUGGCUGCUUCAACAAUGGCUCUCUCUUCCCCAUCAUUUGCCGGCAAGGCGGUGCAGGUUGCUCCGUCAACCCCGGAGCUUGGUGUUGGACGUGUCUCCAUGAGGAAAACAGCCUUCAAGCAGGCUUCCUCCGGCAGCCCAUGGUACGGCCCUGACCGUGUCAAGUACUUGGGCCCAUUCUCCGGUGAGCCCCCAUCCUACCUUACCGGAGAAUUCCCCGGUGACUAUGGCUGGGACACUGCUGGGCUUUCCGCUGACCCAGAGACCUUUGCAAAGAACCGUGAGCUGGAAGUCAUCCACUCCAGAUGGGCCAUGCUUGGAGCCCUCGGGUGCGUCUUCCCGGAGCUCUUGUCCCGGAACGGCGUCAAGUUCGGCGAGGCCGUGUGGUUCAAGGCCGGAGCCCAGAUCUUCAGCGAAGGCGGGCUUGACUAUUUGGGCAACCCGAGCUUGGUCCACGCACAAAGCAUUCUGGCCAUCUGGGCAACUCAGGUCAUCUUGAUGGGUGCCGUUGAGGGUUACCGUAUUGCUGGUGGGCCACUCGGUGAGGUGACUGACCCAAUUUACCCGGGUGGAAGCUUUGACCCAUUGGGCCUUGCUGAUGACCCGGAGGCUUUUGCUGAGCUUAAGGUGAAGGAGCUCAAGAAUGGAAGAUUGGCUAUGUUCUCCAUGUUUGGCUUCUUUGUUCAGGCCAUUGUCACCGGAAAAGGACCGUUGGAGAACUUGGCCGACCACCUUGCCGACCCUGUAAACAACAAUGCCUGGGCUUACGCCACAAACUUCGUCCCCGGAAAUAAAAAAUUUAGGACUCAGAUCUUCAGCGAAGGCGGUCUUGACUACUUGGGCAACCCGAGCUUGGUCCACGCGCAAAGCAUUCUAGCCAUCUGGGCAACUCAGGUCAUCUUGAUGGGUGCCGUUGAGGGUUACCGUAUUGCCGGUGGGCCACUCGGUGAGGUGACGGACCCCAUCUACCCGGGUGGAAGCUUUGACCCAUUGGGUCUUGCUGAUGACCCGGAAGCUUUUGCUGAGCUUAAGGUGAAGGAGCUCAAGAAUGGAAGAUUGGCUAUGUUCUCUAUGUUUGGCUUCUUUGUUCAGGCCAUUGUGACUGGAAAGGGGCCAUUGGAGAACUUGGCCGACCACCUUGCCGACCCAGUAAACAACAAUGCCUGGGCUUACGCAACAAACUUCGUCCCCGGAAAGUGAGUCGGAGAUGUUAAGACACCAUGAAGCUUUUCUCCUCAAAAUUGAGUGUGAAUUUAAGAUUGAUCAUAUUAUUAUUGGGUGAUGUAUAUUGGGGUAUGGAUUUGUGCACAGAAUGUGCAUUACCUGCAGUACUGCUCCUCUGAUCAUUGAAUGUUAUUAUUUUUGGGUUUUCAAAGAUCAUUACUUUAUCAUCAUUUGUUGAAUUUGAUUUUGUUUGGUGGA